UGAGCGCCGUCAGAUCGAAGGACCUUUGUAUGCAGCACAGCAGCAAGCUAGUCCUUUUAGCUUCUCUGAUUCUGUAAACACUGUUUAUUCCACAAAAGUUUUUUGCAAAUAAAAAUGUAGCGUAACUUUUUCACAGCAUUAGUGGACGCGGGGUUCGGCUGGCCUUGUUUCCUAACAGAAGAUCGGGAGUUUAUGUGAGAGUACUGGAUAAAAAACAAACACUUUCUUGUCGCCGAAGCUGCGCAGUUUCGUUUCUGCGGAAACAUCGACGGCCCGACCCACCGGAGUUUAUUCACUCACACCGGCUUAUUCUGCUCAAAUAGUCUUUUAAAACUGUCAUGGGCCUGACUACAACUUAUUUGUAUCAUAACAAAUAGUAACAAUGAAAAGAAGAAAUGAUGCAGCGCUUACUCUGCUGCACGGGAAAAAGAGAUGUCUUGAUGACAGCAGUUCAGAUGAAGAGUCACAACCCGCUCAAGACGUCAGCCAAAAUGAGUCCCUCAGUGACCCGGAGGAUUACCGGCCGGGGUUGUCCUCACACCCCGUCUCGCCCUCAGAUGACCCCAAUCAGAGCUCCUCACAGUUUUCUAUGUACAACAGCGUGUCGCAGAAGCUCAUGGCCAAGAUGGGCUUCAGAGAAGGUGAAGGUUUGGGAAAGUUCGGCCAAGGACGUAAGGAGAUCGUGGAGGCUUCGACCCAGCGAGGCAGAAGAGGUCUCGGCCUCACACUUCAGGGUUUCCAGGGAGAGCUCAACAUUGACUGGAGGGAUGAACCGGAGCCCAGCGCCAUGGAAACCGUGCAGUGGUUCCCAGAAUGCACUACAGAGAUGCCGGAUGCAGAUGAGCUCAGAGACUGGAUGACUCUGGGGCCGAGAAAACUGAAAAUCGAAGAUGAAACUGAGUUUUGUGCUGAAGAUCUCCUGCACACUCUGCUAAGAUGCAAGUCCGUUUUUGAUGACUUGGAGGGCGAGGAGAUGAGACGAGCACGGACACGCUCCAACCCUUACGAGACCAUCAGGGGAGGCAUCUUCCUCAACAGAGCAGCCAUGAAGAUGGCCAACAUCGACUUCUGCUUCGACAGCAUGUUCACCAACCCGAAGGACUCCCAAGGGAAAUCUCUGACGAAGGACCGUGAAGGCGAGCUGCUGUACUUUGGGGACGUCUGCGCGGGGCCUGGAGGCUUCUCGGAAUACAUCCUGUGGAGGAGGCGCUGGCACGCCAAAGGGUUUGGAAUGACGUUGAAAGGACCCUGCGACUUCAAGCUGGAGGAUUUCUAUGCGGCUCCGAGCGAGCUGUUUGAGCCUUACUACGGUGAGGACGGAGUCGACGGCGACGGGGACAUUACUCGACCUGAAAACAUCACUGCCUUCCGUAACUUUAUCAUGGAAAGUACAGAGAGAAGAGGACUGCAUUUCCUCAUGGCUGAUGGGGGUUUCUCUGUUGAAGGUCAAGAGAACCUCCAGGAGAUCCUGAGCAAACAGCUGCUGCUCUGCCAGUUCCUCACUGCUCUCUCCACUCUGAGGACAGGUGGUCAUUUUGUCUGUAAGACAUUUGACCUCUUCACGCCCUUCAGCGUGGGUUUGGUCUACCUCCUCUACCUCUGCUUCGACAGGAUCUCCCUGUUCAAACCCGUCACCAGCAGACCCGCUAACUCUGAGAGGUACGUCGUGUGUCGCGGUCUGAAACCCGGUUCUGACGCCGUCAAAGACUACAUGUUCAGAGUCAACAUUAAACUCAACCAACUCCGUAACUCGGACUCGGACGUCACAGAAGUGGUGCCUCUAAAUAUCAUAAAGGACGACCCAGACUUCUACCAGUUCAUGGUCGGCUCUAAUGAGAGCCUCUGUGCGGUCCAGAUUAAGGCCUUGGCUAAAAUCCACGCGUUUGUCGUCGAGCCGACGCUCUCGGAGCCGAAGCAAGCUGACAUCCGGAAGGAGUGCUUGAAGCUUUGGGGAGUUCCAGACAAAGCCAGAGUGGCUCCUUCUUCAUCAGACCCAAAGUCGAAGUUUUAUGAGCUCACUGAGAACGCAGAUGUGAAUCUGUUCCAGUCGAAACUCACCCCCCUCAGCUCCAGCACGCUGGAGAAGCUGCGCUCCAUCCUGGACUACAGGUGCAUCGUUGGAGGUGGAGAGCAGAUCUUCCUGCUUGCAAUGGGGAAGUCUCAGAUUUACACGUGGAAUGGGAAGAUGCCUCUCCGAUGGAAGAAGAUGGAGAAUUUUAAGCUGGAGCUGCCAAGAGAUACACUCCUGAGUGUGGAGAUCGUGCAGGAGCUGAAGGGGGAGGGGAAAGCUCAGCGCAGAAUCAAUGCAGUUCAUGUUAUGGAUGCGCUGAUACUGAACGGCACCGACGUCAGAGAUCAGCACUUCAAUCAACGGAUCCAAAUGGCUGAGAAGUUUGUGAAGGCGGUGGCCAAACCCAGCCGACCAGACAUGAACCCCAUCAGAGUGAAAGAAGUUUACCGUCUGGAGGAAAUGGAGAAAAUCUUUGUCCGGUUAGAGAUGAAGGUGACGAAGAGUUCGGGAGGCGUCCCUCGCCUGUCGUACACCGGCAGAGAUGACCGCCACUUCCUUCCCACGGGCCUCUACAUCAUCAAGACCUUCAACGAACCGUGGACGAUGGGGUUCAGUAAAAACUCCAAGAAGAAGUUCUUUUAUAACAAGACCACAAAAGAAUCGACUUAUAAUUUACCGCCAAACUCUGCAGCUCCUUUCCACGUUUGCCAUUCUGAGAGUCUCUUCUGGGCCUGGGUGGACGGCGUUAUAGUUCACGACUCCCAAACCCGGAUCGACCCGGAGAAACUGUCCAAAGACGAACUGCUGUCCUUCAUCCACCAACAUUACCAACCCUGAAGACGGAGGACACUAGUUCUGGAGCGCAUAAACCUUCAGAAUCUGUUCAUUUAUUUCACUUUGACAUCAGCGAUCUCUGAUCUUUAUCGAUCUCCUUCAGUCACCGUGAAGACUGCAGGAGUUUGAAUCUGACGUGGGGAUUGGUUUGUUGCCUGUUGUAGCAGAGAUAUGUUGAAAAACCGGUCUGCCUUUUCACUUUUUCCACGAGUCUUUGAGUGUAACGAACAGAAAGAUCAAGAAAACUCUGCUGUUGUUUCUGCUUUGCUGUGCAUGUUCAUGUAGACUUCUUUGUAUUCUUAGGUUUUUCUUGGUUGAUCAUACUAUUAACAGCAGGUAGAGUGAUAAAUACAACCGUUUUUAAAGCACUGUAGCUUCUUAUAUCCCUGCUGUUAGUGAAGUUUCUCCUGAAACUCAUGUUCCUGAACCCAACAAACAUCAUCUGACUCAUCAUUUCAGCUCAAAUGUACAGCAGAUAUCUCCCCUUUAGACUCCAUCUGCUAUGAAAAGUGUGACUGACUUUAAUUUGGGAGUUUGCUUUAAAUUUUUUCAUGUUUACAUGCUAUGUUUUAGCUUUAGGUGACCCCUCAGAAUCUGAUGUAAAUAAUACAAAAAUAAACAAAUAAAUGCAGUUUAAUGCACAUAUUAGGAGCAAAACCCUUUUUCUCUUUUCGUUGAAGUGUAAAAGCCUGGUUUUUCACUUUGUGUUACAUUAGUUUUGGGGGGAAACAGGUUUUUUUGUUUUUGUUUUCAUUAAAUUUGCUAUUUGUUCAAA